AUGGGAGGCCAUGCGGCAGAGGAGCAUGCCAUCCAUCCCACUCACCUCGUUCCACCCAUCUCAAUCCCCUCCAUAUCCUUCGUGAAACAGCUCCCCUUCUCUACGAUGCGCUCCUCUACCGAAACCCACUGUACCGCUUUGCAUCCCUCCUUACCGCGUUCCGCCCCUCUCACCUCUCCCCACGGCGCUCACCUCUAUCUCCUGCGUCACAUCCCCAUAGAACACCUCCCUCUUCCUGUGCCGCGCCUGCCUGCCCUCCACCCACAAGCCGGGCAGAACCAAUCGCCUUCCGGAAUCUCCGCAAGGGGCGGCUCGAGGCAGCCGAGGUGGAAACCACCAAGGCACCCGUCGCACUCCACCAUCACCUCCCCGCCUCCCUCCCCCUCCCCCUCCCCUUCCCCCUCCCCGUCCCCCUCCCCGUCCCCCUCUUCUCCCCCACCAACACCUUUCCCGCAAAUCUGGCAUUCCUCGUCGCUCGCGGCGGAUUCGUCUGAUUCCGAACCGUCGGCGGCGGACGAAUCCCCGCCGGUGAUCUUGACUGCAACCUGCGUGGCUCAAGUUCAAGGCGGCGCCAGGUGGCGCGAUCCCAUGGUGGAGGCGGCGAGCGAGAUUGUGAAGCGGUUCUGCACGGGAGCCAUGAGCUACGGGUCUAUCUCCUUGGAGGCUCAUCAGAGGCUUGCUAUUGCUAUGAACACGAUUGGAGGAAAGUCGAACACGGGCGAGGGAGGCGAGAACUCGUCCCGUCUGGUUCCGAACCCGGACGGGAGUACCAACAUCCUCAAGUCGUCGAUUAAGCAGAUUGUUAGCGGUCGGUUUGGCGUGUUGGCGUAA